AUGGGCCAAGAAGCCUCCAAACCAAAACCCGGCACCCGCCUCCAAGUAAUCGGCGCAGGCCUCCCCCGCACCGGCACCGCCUCCCUCGCCAAAGCCCUCGAAAUCCUUCUCGACGACGACAGCGACAGCGGGGCCGGCGCCCCCGUCCACCACGGCGGCACCCAAGUCACCCGCGGCCCGGAAUCCGAAAUCCGCUCCUGGAUAACCUGCCUCGCCCACACGCCCAUCCGCGGCCCCCUUGACGAGAAAAUCGUCCUCGACACCCUCCGCCACCACUUCUCCGACGGCUACGCCGCCGUCGUCGACGUCCCCGGGAUGCUCUUCACCGAAGAACUCGCAGCGCUGCACCCAUCCGCGCUCGUCAUCUGCACCGUCCGCGACCCGGAAGCGUGGGUGCAAAGUAUCCGGCAAACAGGCCAGCGGAGCCUCCAGAUCUUCCUCUCGUUUGCGCUGUUCUUGCUGCCUACGAUGCGGUGGUUCCCGCGGUAUAUCGACGCGAUUCCCAACGGUCGGUGGGGGGAGCUGUUCCCCGCGCGGGAGGGGGAGGGGGUCUUGCCUACGCGCGAGGUGUGGGAUUCGCAUCAGGCUUGGGUGAGGAGGGUUGUGGACGCGGAGAGGUUGGUGUUUUAUGAUGUCAAGGAGGGGUGGGGUCCGUUGUGUGAGGCGUUGGGGAGGCCGGUGCCUGGGGUGCCGUUUCCGAGGGUGAAUGAUGGGGAUGCGAUUGAUGCGUUUGCGAGGGAGCAGAUUGUCAAGGGGUUGGUGAGAUGGGCUGUGGUGUUGGCGGGGUUUGCUGUUGUUGGUGGUGGAUGGUGGUGGACGAGGUGA